AACGUUUGCUUGCAUUGCUCUUUCCUUUCCACCUGUGCAUUUAUUUUGGGCGGUAACCACUCUGGCUUGCAACUGCAUACAACUAUUGAUUUGUGCAGUAGUUAAUCCUCUCGAGUCCAUCAGACAACAAUCGUCUUGUGCGGUUUCAUACCAGUCACGUCCAGUCUAGAAACUAUUUGAAUCCAGUCUGGUUUCAACUCUUGUCUGUAAGCAGUCCUAUUCUUGUCCUUGCAGUUUCCUACCGAAAACCGUUGUUACUGGAGUCGUGCGUGUGUAGUCUCGGCUAUAUCUAAUUAUUAUAAUCAGACUGGUUUCCAUCAUGCAGCCUUCACUAUUUCCCUCUCCUCCACAAAACCCUUCGCCGCCUUAUCUACUGCACGAACAGACUGGUGCCGAAUACGCUGUUCGGCAACAGUCGCUUCCUGUAGCGACUCUGCCUGGCUUUAUUUUCAGUCAUCCUUCCACAACACCCGUUCAGCAGCAGAUGGUCAUGCCAUCUGCAGAACAGCAGUCCAACGACCUUCAGCAACCGCUACUUCCUUUAAAGGACGAACUCAAUCUGCAACUGCAUCCUCAAUCUGAAAGUCCUCAGCUUCCUAAUCCAACUUUAGGCUUCAAUCCAAACAUGCGUCCUGUUGUCAAUACAUCCGCUCAGCAAUUACCUCACACUAGUAAUCCUCACUGGCACUACUUGCAACCUUCCUUUGAUCCACUUUCUACUGCACUUGGUACUAUAGAUAAUGAUGUACAUUCCUUGUACGGUUUAGAUACAAACAGUACGUAUGGUCAGAUUAGCAACUUUUUAAUGGGCGACACUUCAAUGGAUCCCGAUGCUACUUCCCAUGUGCCUACUCAGCAUAAUGCGGUUCCUCCCGCCGCUGCUCUUCUUGCUGACGAGUGUCCUAGUCCUAAACUAGGUCUCUCUCCAAGUAUCUCGGCUUUGGAUUCGUUUGGUGCACGUCCGCCAUCUUCAUGGAAUAGGGGCCAACCACAACCUUCUGCAUACCAAGCAGAUCUAUUUGGUAGCAAUCUAUCAGUUCAGUCAAAUCACAUCCAGCCUGCGCUUAACCCUCAUUUAACACGAGUAAUGGCCGCUAAUCAGGCAUUUUCAUUUGUACCAAUGACCGCAUCCUCGCUUCUUC